AUGAUCAAAUGGGCCAACCAAUAUCCCAAACUGUACAUGCCUGACCCUUGUGGUGCGAAUAUCGUAGAUAUUGAUAACCUCAAUCGAAUCACACUGACGUUCUACGUUGAGCACACAAAGAACUUUCAGGACGCUGGAGGUCGAUGGAUGCGCCAUAAUAAUUUUAUGUUGGAGCUGAAGGAUGAGCUGCAGCUGUUGAAGAUUACAUACUCAAAGCCUGAUCAGCCUGUGGUGCAACGAUAUAGAAACAAAAAGGGUGGUGGUGGUUAUGACGAUGGCGAUGAAGUGACCGAGGAUGAGAAUGACUUUGGGUACAAAGACUCGGAAAAGAGAAAAUGGAACAAAAUGUACAACUCGACCUCAAGAUUUCAAAACCAUGCCGGCUCAGAUGCGCAUGCAGAUGCCCAUCAUCCUCCUGAGCAAGAUAGAAUGGAUGUAGGUGCUACGGCUGGAGCUGCUGCAACGGUUGCUUUUACCAUUGCUGCAAUUUAG